GUUUGUUUCCGGCGCCGGCGACCCGUCGCACCUCCCUGUGUUGCAGCUUUAUUAUUGUCGAAUGAUUUGUCACUUUCAGCUGUUUAAUCCAGAGUUGAGCGUUUUCUUGGAGUACACAGUGUUCAAGAGGUAAAAUCAGCCGUCGAGUGGAGGGAUUGCGAGGAUGAGUGCGGACGGAGGGAAGCCGGUGAAGGUGGGCUCUCUGGUGGAGGUGAUCGGUAAAGGCCAGCGCGGCACGGUGGCGUACGUCGGCGCCACGCUUUUCGCCUCAGGGAAAUGGGUCGGAGUCAUCCUGGAUGAGCCGAAGGGCAAAAAUGACGGCACCGUGCAGGGCAAGUCUUACUUCACCUGCAAAGAGAAUCAUGGGAUAUUCGUUCGCCAGUCUCAGAUCCAGCUGAUUGAAGAUGGAGGAAGCUCGGCUACGUCGCCGGACACACCGGAGUCGGGCAUCCCUCGAAUGCCUCGGAAAGAAAUUGGGGAAACACCUGGAAAAGGAAGCAAACAGACCGGCCGCCCCUCUAGCACUGCCUCAGACCUCUCCGGAUCAGUCUUGGUGGAGAACGAACCUGCCACUCCUUCCCAGAGUGCGCUGGGGGCUCCCAUGAUGCCCCAGCCCAGCAGGACGCCUAGUGAGCCCCCAAGUGUCCCUGCUCCCUCUCUGUCCAGCAAAGAGGAGGAGGCUCUGCGCGCCCAGGUAAAGGAUCUCGAAGAGAAGUUAGAGACUCUGCGUAUAAAGAGAACCGAGGACAAAGCCAAGCUGAAGGAGCUCGAGAAGCACAAGAUUCAGCUGGAGCAGCUGCAGGAGUGGAAGAACAAAAUGCAGGAGCAGCAGAACGACCUGCAGAAGCAGCUUAAAGAAGCCAAGAAGGACGUGCGUGAGGCUCAGGAAGCUAAAGACCGCUACAUGGAAGAGAUGGCUGACACAGCGGACGCUAUCGAGAUGGCCACUCUGGAUAAAGAAAUGGCCGAGGAAAGGGCGGAGUCUCUGCAGCAAGAAGUGGAGAGCCUGAAGGAGAAAGUGGAGGAGUUAACCAUGGACCUGGAGAUCCUUAAACAUGAGAUUGAAGAGAAGGGUUCAGACGGUGCAGCCUCCAGUUACCAGGUGAAGCAGCUGGAGGAGCAGAACGCACGGCUCAAAGAGGCGCUGGUCAGGAUGCGUGACCUGUCAUCAUCUGAGAAGCAGGAGCACGUGAAGCUGCAGAAGCAGAUGGAGAAGAAGAACACAGAGCUAGAGACUCUGAGAGUGCAAAAGGAGAAACUUCAGGAGGAGAUGAAGCAGGCUGAGGCUACCAUCGAUGAGCUCAAAGAGCAGGUGGACGCGGCACUGGGAGCAGAAGAGAUGGUGGAAACGUUGACUGAGAGAAAUCUGGAUCUGGAGGAGAAAGUGAGAGAGCUGAGAGAAACCGUCAGUGAUUUGGAAGCGAUAAACGAGAUGAAUGACGAGCUACAGGAGAAUGCACGAGAGACGGAGCUGGAACUGCGCGAGCAGCUGGACCUGGCAGGAGCUCGAGUCCGAGAGGCCGACAAGAGGGUGGAAGCUGCGCAGGAGACCGUGGCCGACUAUCAACAGACCAUCAACAAAUACAGGGAGCUCACCACUCACCUACAGGAAAUGAAUCGAGAGCUGACCAAUCAGCAGAGUGCUACAGCCGAGCAGCUCCAGCAGCCUCCUGCCGAGCUUUUCGACUUCAAGAUUAAAUUCGCCGAGACCAAGGCUUACGCCAAGGCCAUUGAGAUGGAGCUGCGUAAGAUGGAGGUGCAGCAGGCGAACAGGCAAGUGUCCCUGCUCACAUCCUUCAUGCCCGACUCCUUCCUGAGGCACGGAGGAGAUCACGACUGCAUCCUGGUGCUGCUCCUCAUCCCCAGACUCAUCUGCAAGGCGGAGUUGAUCAGUAAGCAGGCCCAGGAGAAGUUCAACCUAAACGAGGACGUUACGGAGCGCACCGGUCUGCGCGGAUCCGCCGGGGAGCAGCUGAGCUUCGCCUCGGGUCUCGUGUAUUCCCUCACAAUGCUCCAGGCCACGCUGCACAAAUAUGAGCAGGCGUUAAACCAGUGCAGUGUGGAUGUGUUUAAGCGGAUGGGAACUCUGCACUCUGAGAUGAGCGUACACGAGCGUUCUCUCGACUUCCUCAUCGAACUACUGCAUAAAGAUCAGCUAGAUGAGACCGUGCAGGUGGAGCCUCUCACCAAGGCCAUCAAGUACUACCAGCAACUCUACAGCAUCCACCUGGCUGAUCAGACUGAAGACUGCACCGUGCAGCUGGCAGACCACAUCAAGUUUAUCCAGAGUGCGUUGGACUGUAUGGGGGCGGAGCUGGGACGCAUGCGUUCGUUCCUGCAGCCUGGUCAGGAGGGGUCGGAGCUCAUGCUGCUGCUAAAGGAACUGGACACUUCCUGCGGAGACGUCCGGCAGUUCUGUAAGAAAAUCCGCAGAAGGAUGCCGGGAACAGACGCACCGGGGAUCCCUGCAGCACUUUCUUAUUCUCCUCAGGUGGGCGAGGCCCUGGCGGAAAGCAGGAAGCAGCUGGGUUGUGUAGUCGCGGUGCUGCAGGAGACGGCGGCAGCAGGAGCGCAGCUCAUCUCGACCCUCUCGGAGCAGGAGGGGCUCAGCGCACACACACUCGAGGAUGGAGUCUUUAAAGCAAUCGAGCAGAUUUACGGUUUGCACGGCGAGAACCCACGCGAGUGCCUGCGCCAGUCCUGCAGCGCCGUCAUAGCAACCAUGAACAAGAUGGCCACCGCCAUGCAGGAGGGAGAAUAUGACUCUGAAAAACCGCAGCAUGUGCCUCCCCCUGUAGAGCUGCGCUCUGCUGCUCUGAGAGCCGAGAUCACCGAUGCUGAAGGACUUGGCCUCAAGCUGGAGGACAGAGAGACGGUCAUUAAGGAGCUUAAGAAGUCCCUCAAAAUCAAGGGGGAGGAGUUAAGCGAGGCGAACGUGCGUCUGAGUUUGCUCGAGAAGAAGUUGGACACGUCUACUAAAGACGCUGACGAACGGGUGGAGAAGAUCCAGACCAAACUGGAUGAGACGAACACCCUGCUGAAGAAAAAAGAGAAGGAGUUUGAGGAGACCAUGGAUGCGCUGCAGGCUGAUAUUGACCAGCUGGAGGCAGAGAAGGCAGAGCUCAAACAGAGACUCAACAGCCAAUCACGGAUGACCAUCGAAGGGUUGCGUGGAACACCAGCAUCUGGCAUCGCCUCUAUCGUCGCAGGAGGCACUCCAGGAGGUGCCGUCUCUGGUAUAGCAAGUGUAUCAGGUAGUGUGCAAGUAGUGGAUUCUCCUCUCCUGAAGCAGCAAAUGGAUGUUCAGAGGCUUGCGAUGAAACACCUGAAGAAUGAAAACUACAGACUCAAGGCAGAGAAGAUGAAGUCCCAACUGGCGUCUCUUCCUCCUCUGAGCGCACCCAACAUGACCGGUGUGAUGAAGGACGGCUCGCUGAGCGACGGCGUUUCCGGAAACCUGUACCGGAAAACGGACCUGCUGCUGAGCAGCCUGCUCAAGAUGAGCGCCGGCGUCAAAGUCGUGGACAUCACGGGAAAAACACCCGUAAGUGCCAGCGCUCAACUGUUGGAGCAGACGGCUAGGCUGCAGUCUCUCAGUGAUGCCCUGGACAAACUAAAGAACGAAGUAUCGGAGCAUGUAGUAAACCAGCAAGUGGGAGCUCGAGUUCGCUCCGAUUUUGCCACAUUCCCUUCAUCGACUUUCAUCAAGGCGGAGGGUGAGAAGAAGUGUGGCACCGUUCUGGUUGGUAAAGUGAUGAUCCCGUGUGCUCGCGGUCAAGAAAAAUCCCACUCCCUCAUCCUGUCGCAGCAUCAGCUUCAGCGCGUCCACCACCUCCUCAUGACCUAACCGCUUCAUUUCAUCGGACCACCUCCGUCAGGAAAAGACUUGCUCCGCCUGUCAGAAACACCCUUUUCACAGCACUUCCUGUUUUUUCUCAGGAACUUCAGUUCAGGCUUUCAGAUUUCUUCCAAACCAAAGAAUCACCUCUAUUCAGUAGCUUCAGGUUGUUCAUGCUCAAAAGGCUCGGCUGUUAGAAACGUUCGGAUUGGGUUCACUUUGGAGAGUUUGUUUUCUUAAAUUCAAAAGAUUUUGUCCCAUUAAAAAAAAAAAUCUAAAUGGUUAAAACACUACCACUUAAAAUUGUUACUACUUCUUACUUGCUUUCUGAUGACUCUGGCUUUUUUUAAUGUCUCAUUCUUGACCUGAGAUCUGUUUAGAAAUUCUUAUGCAAUUGUCAGUGGUCAAUGUGGUUUAAAUUUUAAUCAAGUUUGUGGGGGAAAAAAACGGAUUGUAUGUUCUUUAUGUUUGUAAUUCUGGAUUCAGGUUCCUAAAAAACAAGGUAUUUACAUAUUUAUGCAAUUCUUUUUUUUUUUCUGUUUUGGAAGCGGUUCUUCUAAAAAUCACUCCUUUUUAAAAGCUUGCUCACUUUACAAUAGUAUUCACAAAGGGAUGCACAAGUCUUUUUCAUUUUUAUAUGAUCUUAAUAUCCGAGCGAAUACUGUUUUCACUUUAUUAAUUACAAGCGGCUGGUAUUCUACUUCAGCUCAUUAGAAGCUUAGCGAACUAAUAAAACAAAAAAUGCUGUUUUUUCAGAUCAUAUUGGCACAUCUUUUCUGUUUAUUCACAUUAAUUUAUAAAAGGAGAGCACUAAACACGUAGUUUAAAUGAUGAUUAAAUGAAAAAAAUAAUAAUAUAAAUAAAUAAACAUUGGUUCACUUGCAUGUCUUAGAAAGGACCAAAUCAACACAAAGCUGCAGCAUUUUUUUUUUCAUAAAUCCUGCUCAAGAUUUAUAGAGAAGCAGGAGGAAAUCUGCCUCGUAAGAAUCUGCCAAAUCAUUCUAGAUUAUUAUAAAUGCAGCUCUUCCACUCGCAGAAUGUUCUUGGCAUUAUUAUUAUUUUUUGUAUUUUGCUGAUAUAGAAGGAAAAGUGUUCACACCCUUUAACAUCAUUUCAUCUUUGGCUAAAGUAGAUCUGUGUGUAAUGCAAUGUUUAAUGACUUUUGCAUUUGAACUUCAAUAAAAUAAAAAAAAAUCAAA